UCAAUAUUUAUAAACUGUCGGUAAUGUUAAGGCGGUUCAAAUGCAUAUUUAUUUUUAGUGAUGCGUCAGUUUGAAGUAUAUUCAUGAAUCUAAAUAUGUCUAUCAAAGUUAGAUAGUGUUUAUUGUUUUUAAUUAAUGUACAGUGUUCGAGUGUAACUUCAGCUCUGUCAUGUUGGAAGGUCUUGCGGCAUGGAUUCUCAACACGUAUGUUGGAGAAUAUGUAGAAAAUCUAAAUACAGAUCAGUUGUCAAUUGGCUUAUUGCAAGGGGAAGUGGAACUUGAAAACCUGCCUUUAAGGAAAGAUGCUUUAAGAGGUCUUGAGCUUCCAGUAGAGGUACAUGCAGGCUUUGUUGGAAAGAUUAAACUUCAAAUUCCAGUCAGUAGAUUACGGAGUGAACCUUGGGUCAUAUUUAUUGAACGGUUGUUCUUAAUCGCUGGACCAGUCGUAUCUUCUGAAUAUGAUGAAAAUGUGGAAGAAAAAAUUGCAUUAUCAAGAAAGCAGGCUCGCCUUGAAAGUUUGGAAGCAAAAUUUAAGGGUGUCCAAGAUGCCAAACAUGGUGAUUCAUAUUAUACAAAUUGGAUGAGUUAUGGAACAUCUUUGAUGGCUAAUGUGAUAGAAAAUGUUCAGCUUAAAAUCAAAGAUGUUCAUAUUCGGUAUGAAGACAAGGAGAAUUAUAUCAGCCAAAAAUUUGCUUGUGGUAUCAUUAUUCAUAGUUUAUCUGCACAGAGCACAGAUCAAAAUUGGGUUUCAAAAUUUGUACGACGUGAUGAUAGUGAUUUUAUGUGGAAAUUACUGGAACUGCAGGGUCUUUCAUUAUACUGGGAUACAGAUACUGAUCAUUUCAAUCAUCUGGAUCCAAAAGAUAUUAUGGUUGCCAUGGCAAAACAUAUGGAAAAUAAUACUCCACCAGGUACUCCUUCCCUUUCACAUGAUUAUAUUCUUGCACCAGUCAAUGCAGAAGCUCAUUUAACAAGAAACUGUUCUUCUAAACCACUGCGAUCAAGAUAUAUGCCCAGAAUUGUUUGUGAUAUUAAUUUGCAAAAAAUUCCUCUCUCUCUCAGUGAGAUGCAAUAUCGGCAGAUGGUUGAAUGCAUAAAAGAAUUUGAAGUGCUAGAUAUUCAUUGGAAAUAUCGUAAGUGGAGACCAAAAGUGCCAGUUAAGAACAAUGCUAAGAAGUGGUGGGAGUAUGCAAUAACAGUUCAUUUAGAUCCUAUUCAAGAACAAAAUAAAGCAUGCACGUGGUCAUUUGCACUUGAAAGAGCUCAAGACAUAGUUAAAUAUACUAAAGCCUAUGAAGAAUAUUUAAGCAAAGGCGAUUUUCUAUCUCCUGAUGCUAAAAUUGUGAAAGAUGAAUUGGAAAAAAAAUUAAACUUGGAGUUACUUUGUGUUUUGAGAGAACUAAUAAUAAAAAAAGUUCAAAGAGAGAAUAAUGCUCAGGCUGUUGCUGAACAGUCAAAAGGAAAAGGAUUCCUUCAGUGGAUGUUUCCUUCUUGGGCUGGAUGGUAUUCACAAACACAUAAUACUGACAGUACAACAGUACAUACAGAAGAAUCAUCUGCUGACAAUAAGGAAAGCUCUAAGGAAGAUUUAAAAUCUCAUUUAGAGGAAGAAAUUUUAGAUGUGUUAGACAGUGCUGAAAAUGAUUCCUUGCUUAAAAGAGAUACAGUGUUUGCUCAGUUGAAUUUCUCUUUAACUCAAGGAACAUUUACCCUUUUCAAGAAUGAGUUUCAGGUAAUCACAAAACCUGGGCAGCAGCCAUCCACAGAAGAAAAACCUAUUAUUGAAGUGGAAUUUUCUGAUGUGUCAACAAAACUUGAAACUCGCCCCAGAACAGGCUCAUUUCUAUUUGAAAUCAAGCUUGGAGCACUGUAUUUACAUGAUAGAAUUUUUGCUGAUACACAUUUUCCUUACAUUAUAGCACCUCAAAAUAGAGAUGUGAGUUUUUUGUAUACAAAAUCAACUGGACUAACUGUUUUUCCUUUGCCAUCAUUUCUAAGUCCAAAAGUAGAAGAAGCUGAUUCAAAUUCACAUUUAUUUGAGCUGACGUAUGAAAAGAAACCAUUUGCAUUUCAUGCUGAUCACAGGUUAAAUAUCACUUCAAGAGCUAUAGAUGUUGUUUAUAAUCCCCAAGUUUUAAGAUGCGUCACUGAUUUCUUUUCAUUACAUCAUGACAAAUCAUCAGCUAAUUUAUCUGUGAGUGAGUUAAAGUUAACAGCUGCAGCUCGUGCAAGGUAUGAAAUUUUGAAGCAGCAAACUAAAGCUGAAUUACAACAGAAGUGGGAUGAAAUUUUGGAUGGUGAAGAUAAUACUGUUUAUUCUAAGGGUUGGAAUAUAGAAAUGGCUAUUUCAGCACCACAAAUAAUAAUUCCUGAAGAUAUUCUGGAUAAAAACUCAUCAGUUGUUGUAUUUGAUUUGGGAAAGUUGCACUUGUUCAAUGCAAAAAAGGAUGAUCUAACCAAAAGCACUUCAAUGUCAGAAGAUUUAGAUGAUGAUGAGGAUUUUAUUACACCUUGUUCUACACCUCAAGAGCUUCUAGAACAAACAGAAAAAGCUAAUAAAUUGAUGGAAAUGAUUUCAAGUCCAAAUGAUCCUCAUGCAGUCAAAGAACAUAUCUAUGAGAAAUAUAUUCUUGAAUUGAGUAAUAUUCAAGUGCUUGUUAGUCGUUUGAAAGAUAACUGGAAAUUUGCACAACUUCGAGGUACUAGCACCAUGCAUAUCUUAGACAGAUUUUCUAUAACCAUUCAGACAGAAAGGCGCAUGGUGUACACCCAAGAUCCUGAAUGGCCAUGUUUUGCUGUUACAGGAAAUCUUCCAAAACUGAUUGUUCAUGUUAGUGAACAAAAGGUUAGUGCAUUGCAAACAUGUAUUGAUGUGCUGCAUUCUCCAAUUGUGUACUCUGCAGUUGGAGAGCCAGCUUCUAGUGAAACUUCAUUAGAAUUUGGAGAAAAUUUUAAUGAGAAAACUAAUAAAGAAAAGAAACAAAUCAUUUCUAAAGAAAUAUCUGAAGGACAUGGAGAUAUGAAUGAAAAUUCUUUACUACUUCUCAUGGAAUUUUGUGUUGAUCAGAUGUCAUUUGAUGUGCAAAGCAGAG